UGCUCGGGAGUCGAGCCGCCGCCGCCGCCGCCGCCGCUGCCGCCGGCUUUGUGCUUCCAGCCGAGGAUGAGAGCGACCUCUUCCUGAUCCGCGAGCUGUCUCCAAAGGGAGCGAGCGCGCCCGAUCGCCCGGCGGCGUGCAGGACCCCGGGAGGGAAUCCAUCCACAAGGCUCAGCCCAGGUUGGAACAUUUGGAAGUCACAUUGUACAACAUGCUGCGAUUACAUCUCUCGCCGACUGUUUCAAUGGGCUUUCGUUUGGUAGCUAUGGUGGCUCUCAUGUUUUCCCAUGUUGACCGUAUAACUGCGGAGACAGAGUCGGAAACAGGAGGAAAUGAAACCACUGAAUGUACUGGCUCCUAUUACUGUAAGAAAGGGGUGAUUCUGCCCAUUUGGGAGCCCCAAGACCCAUCCUUUGGGGAUAAAAUUGCUAGAGCCACUGUGUAUUUUGUGGCCAUGGUCUACAUGUUUCUCGGAGUUUCUAUCAUUGCCGACCGAUUCAUGUCCUCUAUAGAAGUCAUCACAUCUCAAGAAAAGGAAAUAACCAUAAAGAAACCCAACGGAGAGACCUCCAAGACUACGGUAAGGAUCUGGAAUGAGACCGUGUCAAACCUGACCUUGAUGGCUCUGGGAUCUUCCGCUCCUGAGAUUCUCCUGUCAGUCAUUGAAGUCUGUGGCCAUAACUUCACGGCGGGGGACCUUGGUCCCAGCACCAUUGUGGGAAGUGCUGCCUUCAACAUGUUCAUCAUCAUUGCACUUUGUGUCUAUGUGGUCCCCGAUGGAGAGACAAGGAAGAUUAAGCAUUUGCGUGUGUUCUUUGUGACAGCAGCCUGGAGCAUCUUCGCCUAUACCUGGCUUUAUAUAAUUCUGUCGGUCAUCUCUCCUGGUGUUGUGGAGGUCUGGGAAGGGUUGCUUACGUUCUUCUUCUUUCCCAUCUGUGUUGUGUUCGCUUGGGUAGCAGACAGGCGGCUUCUCUUUUACAAGUAUGUCUACAAGCGGUAUAGGGCCGGCAAGCAGAGGGGGAUGAUUAUUGAACACGAAGGAGACAGACCAGCUUCCAAAACCGAAAUUGAAAUGGAUGGGAAAGUGGUCAACUCUCACGUUGACAAUUUCUUAGAUGGUGCGCUGGUUCUGGAAGUCGAUGAGAGGGACCAAGAUGAUGAGGAAGCGAGGCGUGAGAUGGCAAGGAUCCUGAAGGAACUUAAGCAGAAGCAUCCAGAGAAAGAAAUUGAGCAAUUAAUAGAAUUAGCCAACUAUCAAGUCCUAAGUCAGCAGCAAAAAAGCCGAGCUUUUUACCGGAUUCAAGCUACGCGCCUGAUGACUGGAGCUGGCAACAUUUUGAAGAGGCAUGCAGCUGACCAAGCAAGGAAGGCUGUCAGCAUGCAUGAGGUCAACACAGAAGGGUCUGAAAAUGACCCAGUCAGCAAGGUCUUCUUUGAACAAGGGACAUACCAAUGUCUAGAGAACUGUGGUACUGUGGCUCUCACCAUUAUCCGCAGAGGGGGCGACUUGACCAACACUGUGUUAGUUGACUUCAGAACGGAAGAUGGUACAGCCAAUGCUGGGUCUGAUUAUGAAUUCACCGAAGGGACUGUGGUCUUCAAACCUGGGGAGACCCAGAAGGAGAUCAGAGUCGGCAUCAUUGAUGAUGACAUCUUUGAAGAGGAUGAAAACUUCCUUGUGCAUCUGAGCAAUGUCAGAGUCUCUUCUGAGGCUUCAGAAGAUGGCAUCCUGGAAGCCAAUCAUAUUUCUUCCCUUGCUUGUCUUGGGUCACCCUGCACGGCAACUGUAACCAUUUUUGAUGAUGACCAUGCAGGCAUCUUUACGUUUGAGGAACCAGUGACUCACGUGAGUGAGAGCAUCGGCAUCAUGGAGGUGAAGGUUUUGAGAACCUCUGGAGCACGAGGAAAUGUUAUCGUUCCCUAUAAAACCAUUGAAGGGACGGCCCGAGGUGGAGGAGAGGACUUUGAGGACACCUGUGGAGAGCUCGAAUUCCAGAACGAUGAAAUUGUGAAGAUCAUUACCAUUAGAAUAUUUGAUCGUGAGGAAUAUGAGAAAGAGUGCAGUUUCUCCCUUGUGCUUGAGGAACCAAAAUGGAUGAGAAGAGGCACGAAAGCCCUGUUAUUGAAUGAGCUUGGUGGCUUUACACUAUCAGGCCAACCUCUCUUCAGGAAGGUUCAUGCUAGAGAUCAUCCGCUUCCCUCCACUGUAAUCAGCUUUUCAGACGAAUAUGAUGACAAGCAGCCGCUGACUAGCAAAGAGGAAGAGGAGAGGCGCAUUGCCGAAAUGGGGCGCCCCAUCCUGGGAGAGCACACCAGGCUGGAGGUGAUCAUUGAAGAGUCUUACGAAUUCAAGAGCACUGUGGACAAACUCAUUAAGAAGACCAACCUGGCCCUUGUGGUGGGAACAAACAGCUGGAGGGAACAGUUCAUCGAAGCGAUCACCGUCAGUGCUGGGGAGGAUGAUGACGACGAUGAUUGUGGCGAGGAGAAGCUGCCCUCCUGUUUUGAUUACGUGAUGCACUUUCUCACGGUGUUCUGGAAGGUUCUGUUUGCCUUCGUCCCCCCGACAGAAUACUGGAAUGGCUGGGCCUGUUUCAUCGUCUCCAUCCUCAUGAUCGGCCUCCUGACAGCCUUCAUUGGAGAUCUGGCCUCCCACUUCGGCUGCACCAUUGGUCUGAAAGAUUCCGUGACUGCGGUGGUCUUUGUCGCUCUUGGAACCUCAGUGCCAGACACAUUUGCCAGCAAAGUAGCAGCCACCCAGGACCAGUACGCAGAUGCCUCCAUCGGCAACGUCACUGGAAGCAAUGCUGUGAAUGUCUUCCUGGGAAUCGGCGUGGCCUGGUCCAUUGCUGCCAUCUACCAUGCAGCCAACGGGGAACAGUUCAGAGUGUCACCUGGCACCCUAGCUUUCUCAGUCACGCUCUUCACCAUUUUUGCAUUCAUCAACGUGGGGGUGCUGCUGUAUCGGCGGAGGCCAGAAAUAGGAGGUGAGCUGGGUGGGCCCCGGACUGCCAAGCUCCUCACAUCCUGCCUGUUUGUGCUCCUGUGGCUCUUGUACAUUUUCUUCUCCUCCCUGGAGGCCUACUGCCACAUAAAAGGCUUCUAAAGGAACGAUCAGAUAUAGUAAAUUUAUAUAUAUACAUAUAUAUACAUAAAAAAAUUAUGUAUAAUGAACAGAGGAAACUGACAUUGGUCAUGUUCACUUAACCUGCUGAUGGAAUCCAGCUUCAAGAGCAUACUCUGUACUAGGGCGGAAGUCAGAAACCACCAUCUCCCAUUCCCGGGGCAUCAUCGUGUUGAACAAGGCGUGGAGGCAGGGCCAUCUUGCAUCUCAGCCUAGAAGGGCUGGACUCUCUCCAAGUUCAUAAACGGUUGAGGCUUUUAUUUGUUUUUCUUGUUUUGUUUUGUUCCCAGUGGGGUUGGGGAGGUGGCGGUUGGCGUUUGGUUUUACCUUGUUCCGUUUGGAGAGCCAGGAUCCUACUUCUCUUUAUGGGAAGCGGUGAUCCACCCAAAGGUGAAUGGAUGUGGGAUCGGUAUGGACGUCAUUACGAUUCUCUCCUCACCUCCUCCAAACACUUUACACAUUACUUUGGAUUAAGGAAGGAUCUGGGCAUGGAAGAAGAAAGAAGCCACGUCUUUACUAUGUUACCACAUUUUCUGCUUAUCUCCGAGAUGUGAACAGAGGCGACCUGGCCUCAAGGAAGCAAAGCAUGGGAACUGAAAUGGAGCCAGGAAAAGCAAUGGUUCUAGACGUAGCUAAGGAAAUGGUGCCUGGCAGUCUUGUUCAACAGGCACAGGGAUAACGUGCCUAGAUUCCCAGGAACACACAGAACUCUUCAUCCCUUAACCUCUUGAGCUCUGAACUGUGAUUAGCAAGACCUUUAUUCCUUCCAGCCCAGCUAAUUCCCCAGGUAUCCCAUCCCAGACCUCCUCCUGCCCACCACCCAACCCCCUGCAAGCAGGAAGAUUAAUCCCAUCCAAAAAAGAAAAAAAGAAAGAAAGAAAGAAAUCUAUUAUCCUUUUGGUCACCACGUGUGUCCAGGUACCACGUUGCUGUUGCCUGGGAUUUUUCCAUCCGUUUUAUUUUCCAUGGCUUGCACAAUCCUGUUCCAGUCAUGACUGAACAUUUGCCCUCCUUCAUGUGCCUGUUUGGGAAUGUUGUUGUGAUCCCCAUUACACAGUGCAUGGACAAAAAAAAAAAAAAAACAAAUAAAACAAAGAGUAUCUGUAUAUAGUAGAGUAUAGCAAAUACCGUUCUCCCAUUCAGCAACGUUGAUUGGACAUUGAAGACAUAAGUGAGUUUUCCUUUCACCUGAGUUGUUACUUUUGAGUUGUUACUGAGUUUGAAUACCAGUAGGGAAAAAAAAAAGAAAAUGGCUUAAUGUUCAUGAA